AUGGCUGUUCAGGCAAUCUGGAAGAGCUUGGAUACCGCCACUGUGCCGCCUUUGGUGCGGGGUCUGGUUGACCUCUUCAAGAAGCAGGCGGAGGAGGGCAGCCAGCCAGCAGCUGCUUGGCAGGCGCACCUGCUCAGCAAGACACUCUGCGCGCACCCGGAAGCCUCCUAUCAGCUGCUGCAGUGCAUACAGCAGUUGCUGGUGGAGAUCAAUGAGUACACGGAGCCGCCGCCCUUGUGGACGCAUCUGAGGCCUUUCUUGAGCUUCGCUCUGCUUGAUCCCGGACCUCAAGGGCUUUAUCUGAGUCCUAUCAUGCACACGCUUGUAUUUGAUGCGCCGCCCCUUGCCAAAGAGAAGGCAAAUCACCUCCUGCACAAGCUGCGCUUGCCUGAAACGGAUGAAGACGACUCAGCAGCCAAGGAACUCGCCAAUGCUAACCGGCGUGUCCGUUUUGAGAGGACAGACCUCAGGUGGAGCCUGUGCGCCCUGAACACAGGCUGCUGCAGCCUCCUCCGGAACUUUUUCAACAGCAGCGGCGGAGAGGCGGUGGGGUGGCUGCAGUCCCUGCAGGCCAGCAUGCGCCAGGCAGCAAACAGCAGAUCUACAGCUUCGCGCACAGCUGCCGCGCCCCAGUCUGCAGCGUUACCAUCUGAGGCUGCCCAGCCGAGCCUCUCUGAGCCAUUUGUCAUGGCACUGCCGGCUCUGCUGUGCCACCCAGAGGCGGCAGUGCAGGUGGAAGCUGCCCGGACUCUGGCGCAGGCUGUCAAAGCCGUGCCCCUGCUGGGCAUCUCCUUCCUGCCGCUCAUUGUGUACCACCUGCAGAACUGCACCUCCCCUGGGGAGGAAGGGAGGGCAGAGGUGGAGUCAGCGCUACUGGAGGCGAUCCCAGCAAUGGCGGUGCACAGCGCAGCGCUGCCCUUUGUAAACAGGGCCCUAACACAGCUCCCACCUCUGGGCUCGCCCGAGGCAGAGCAAGCGCGGCUGAUGCGGCUGCGGGCGCAGCUGUGGCUGGGCAGCGGCCACGGCUUCAAUGCUCUGAGCGAUGCGCUGCUGGGUACGGGGGGAGAGAUUCCCAGCAAGCAGCAGCGGGAGAGCGUGGAGCUGCGAGUGACUCGAGCGCAGUGCCUGCUCGAUGUGUGCGCGCAAGAUGUCGGCAAGGGCUACCAGCUGCUGGAGGGGAUUGAGGGGUGUCUGGGGAGUGAUCUAGAGGAGGAAGCUGCGCUGGCGUUUGAGGCACUGGCACUGCUGGUGGAGAGGGACGGCCUUAAGUUCCAGAAGGCAUGGGCGGCCGUUCAGAGGCGUGCGCCGACGCUGCCUGAUCAGGCGUGGGUGGCGGCUGCAUGGCUGGCGCUGCUUGGGCAUGCCCACCGGGACGCCGAGAAACACCCCGAGCAAUUUGCUGGAUUCCAUGACACGCUGUGGCAGGCCACAGAGCACCCCUCUGCAAGGGUGCGAGCAGCAGCGUACGCGGCACUGGCGCGCUGCCCAAUUGAGACUCUGGAGCUGCUGGAGCUGGCCAAGCCUCUGCAGCAGUACAGCCGACUGCUGCUGCAAGAGCGCGAUGCUUCCGCCCUGGCCGCCUGUGAGGGCCUCGUCACCGCCGCCCUCUCCUACGAGCAUGCCCGACGCCGCAGGUAUGUGGGCGUGGCAGCCAAGGGACCAACCGCCGCUACCCAGAAGGCAGAGGAUCCACUGCUGCGGCGUAUGACCAAGGUCCUGCCCAAGCAGCUCUGCAGGGCGGCGGUUGGAUCAUCUGGCGGCGCAGCAUCCCCCGGUGCGCUGCUGCUGUGCUGGGCACCCCCGGCGCCGUCGGCCGAUGCGUACGUGACCCCGGCAGAGCACGCGCGCGAGGCGGCGGCUGCGUAUCGCGCACGGCUCGCGGAAAUCGCCGCGGACGGCCCCGCCACGGCCGGCAACUGCGCCGCCAACAGCGACCUCGUGUUUCACUCCUGGAAGCGCUUCCUGUCCCGCUGGAUGGGCGCCCUCAAAGCUGCUUCGCAGUCGGAUGGCAGCGCCUCACAGGGGGAGGCGGCCACGACUGCAGCGGGCGAGGAGGUGUGGGCAGCGAUUCAGCAGGUGAUGGAGGAGGGAACAGCACCGGCACCAGACGAGGCAGUGUACGCGGCAGGCGCGCUGUGCUCACUGCUGCAUGGCCGGGCCAGGCACACCUGCAGCGCCAUCCUCAACAGGCUGACAUCAGCCGUCUCGUCCCCAAGGACUCAUGCUGCGUCAACCAGGGCCUACCUCCUGGCUUUGGGCGCUGCAGCCCAAGGCGGCGAGACAUCGGACGCCAUUGUAUUUCUUGGAAACGCCCUGAGCACGGAUGCCGAUGCCUCUAUGUGGCCAGCAACUGCUGAAGCACUUGGGGCCACUUGUGUCAGCGUGGAGCCCAGUGAUAUGCCCGAGCAAUCAGCCGAGAUUACCGGCAUUGUGAAAGGUCAGGUAGUGGGAGCGGCGGCCACCAGCUUGGGAUGUCUGGUGGCCGGCCUGGCGCCAGAUCAGGCGCAUGCUGAAGCGCAGCGCAGCGUGGACGCCAUGCUGGCGGCGAUAGGGAACGCCCCCCGGCUGGCGCAGAGCGGCGGGGCCAGAUCUGGCAUUGCCGCCGGCCUGGCCGCCUUGCUGGGGGCCCCCCACCAGCUGCCCGGGGUCCCCCCGGCGGUGGGACCCCCCGCCCUGCUGGCCUCCCCGCAGACUGCUGACGCCACCAAACAGGCGCUCCAGGCACUAGAGGCGCUGGCAACGAAAGAAGCGGACCCUCAAGUGCGCAGAGCGGCGGCCUGGGCUCUGGCGGACGCUGCCGUUGCAGCGCGCGGUGGGCCAAGCCCGGGCGCACCAGCCAGACCAGGGGCGAGCGCAGACGCGAGGGCGUUGCAGUCUCUGCCAGAAGACGGCGCCAUGCGCAGCCUGCUUCAGUAUGCCCUCAACGCUGCAACUCAGUCUGGGGCCCAAAGCUGCUCAGCAGUUGUGCUGCACUGCCUGGCAGCUGCGGAGAAGCUGCCACCAGUCAAUGUGGGCGCGUUGUGCAGCAGUUUCCUGCAGCGAGCGGAUGCCACGCCCUCGCUGCAGGAAGCAGCUGUUGCUCUGGCACUGCGGCAUUCUGAAACAACAGGGGAUUUCCUGGAAGGUCUAUUCCAGCAGAGCAGCUUUUCGUCUCUGUCCUUGCGCCUUCACAUGCAGCUGCUGACUGGACUUGGCGGAGCCGUCAAUGCUCUGUCCGCCACUCGCAGCUCUCUGCUCUUAUCAUCGGUCCCACAACUCUGCUGCUCCACUGGUGCACACCAGCCGGGCGCAGAUUCCACAGGUGACGAGGGAUUGCAGCUUCAGACAGCUGCCUGGGAGGGGCUGCGGAGCUUGCUCAGGGGGAAUGAGGUGUCAGGCAGCGGAAGCAUCAGGGGUUUGACGAAUCUGGGGGAUGUGAGCGAUGCUGUGUACCAAGCCAUGCAGGGCCUCUUUGCGCUGCUGCCCUCACCACCCGCAACCCUGCCAGGUGAGGAGGUUGACAUGGAGGCCUGCAAUGCAAAGGCACAGCAGACCAGUAGGAAGGGAGAUGCUGCAGAUGCGCAGCUUGAUUGCCACUCAGAUGCAUCCAUUUUAUCCCUCUGGAGUGCUGUGCUGUCCCUGCUGCCCUGCUCAGAAGGCUCACCGGCAGGUGCCGGCCAGGUAUUUAUCAGGGCCAUGCUGGUGCGAUGGGGGGCGCUGCCACUCACUGAGCUGCAGCCCUGUAGGAUGUGGUGCAUUAGGAGCACGCCAGAUCUGGCCGGGCCACUUUUGGCAACAGUGGCCAGGUCUACAGCGGCGAUGCCUCACACGCAGAAGCAGCAGCUGCUCAUGGAGUGCCUGGACCUCGUCACGGUGUGCGAGCAUCCGGCGCAGGCCUUCACGAUGGCAGCACUUCUGGCGGCGACGUGGCGAGCGCAGCUGCACAGCGAUCCAGGGGAGACACACGUAACUGCGCAGUCGCCACCGGCCGCGGCUGCAGCGCUGCCUUAUGCCCUGCCCUCCUUGCUGGAACAUCCCCAGUGGCGCCCGGCGGCCGAUGCUGCUGCACACAGGCUGGCUGCAAUCGUGGAGCAUGCGGCUGGCAGCACCAUGGUUCAAUGUGAAGUGCUGGUGGGUCCCUGCCUGCUGCGCAAGGAAGAGGAGCGCUUCCUGUCCCGAUACUGGAGCUUGCCAGGGCGUGCAUCAUCGGCAUGCGAAACCUGUUGA